AUGACUCUGUCGUCUGUCUCACUCCGUCUUCUCUCUCAAUCCGUGUUCUCUGUCGAUCGGUCCGCCUUCUCUGUCGCUCUGUUUUCUCUCUCGCUCCGUCAUCCUCUAAUCAGAUCCGUGAUAGGUUUCGCUUCCACUUCCUCACCGAAGCUUCUCUUCCGCCAGCUUCUCGAGAAAGAGUCCUACACUUUCACGUAUCUUUUCGCCGACGUCUCUCAUCCUGAGUAUUGCUGUUGUGUGGGAGUUGCUGAGUGUUUCAUUCAUUACGGAACCCACUCUCUCUCAGAAACGGAUUCAACAUCAUCAAAGCAAGAGUCUGUCCCUCGUGAGCCUAGUAUAGAACUCUCUGCGUCUGAUGCCUCUGUGUUCGGUUCACAAUGGACUGAAGAUGGCAACGAAGAUGCAGAGACUGUGUCUGACCGUAAAGAGAGACGUAAAUGGUCACCAACAGAAGAUGGUGUGCUCAUAAGUGCUUGGUUGAACACCUCCAAAGAUCCAGUGGUUGGGAAUGAGCAGAAAGCAAUUGCAUUUUGGAAACAAAUUGCUGCUUAUUUUGCUGCGAGUCCAAAGCUGGCUGGUUUGCAGAAGAGAGAGCUGACGCACUGUAAACAAAGGUGGGGGAAUAUUAAUGAGCGCGUGUGCAAGUUUGUUGGCUGUUAUGAAGCUGCAACGAAACAGAGAUCGAGUGGACAGAACGAGAAUGACGUUUUAAAGAUGGCUCACGAGAUUUUCUACAAUGAUUACAAGGUGAAGUUCACACGGGAGCAUGCAUGGUUGGAGCUUCGCCAUGAUCAGAAAUGGUGUGGAGCCUCUUCUACUAAAGAUAAAGUUCAGUCAAAAAGAAGGAAGUUAGAUGACCAAUCCGCACAGUCUUCAACCUCUGUUGCAGGAAGCCAUGGAGGGGAUGAAGGAAUGGCUCGACCAGUUGGUGUUAAAGCAGCAAAGGCCAAAGGAAAAAAGUCUAUGAGCAAGCCAGCAACUUUGGAAGAAGAAAGAAGGGAGUUUCAGAGCAUGUGGGAGAUUCGGCAGAAGGACUAUGCUCUGAAGAAAAAGCUUAACAAGCAGAAAUUGCUUUACAGCCUAAUUGCCAAUACAGAGCCACUUAGUGAACUAGAAAUUGCUUUGAAAAAUAAGCUUAUUAAUGACAUGAUGGCUUAG